CGGCCGCAGUUUGUCGCUCCCGCCUGGGGUGCGUUGCGCCCUUAGUCACUCCCCGUCGCCAUCGCGCCCGUGUAAAUUGCGCAGAAUUCCUGGUGGCUGCUUUCAACGGCAAAUUGCUUCUACCCCUGUCGCCUUAGUUAGACUGGGGGGGGGGGGGGGUUCGAAGCAGGAGAGGCACGAGAGAUCUGGUUUGGCUUCCUCUGCAGCGGCUUGUUUUGGUGCUCUUGGAGAUUUGCAUCCAGUUGACAGCAAAGAGAAAUUUCUGUUGGAUUUUAAGCCCGUCGAUCCUGAAGAUCGGGACGGAAGCCUUUGGAACCGCCUAGAUCAAGAGCCUGAGUGAGUCCGCUGGGAGCGGGGAGCGGACGGCUCCGGCUCCCAAGUCGGGAUGACUAGUGAGAGACGCUUGGGAACGAGAGGAGAGGCUGGGCGUAACGGCAGGGGAAGUCGGUAAAUGGAGAAGUCGGGGCUGAAGGCAGAGGGGAGAACUGGACGCUGGAGAGUUAGAAGAGAAGGUGGAGAGCCCGAGGCAGACGGAAGCCUGGCGACAGGGAGAGGAAGCGCGCCGAGGCGGGGCCGCGUGGAGAGCCAAGCGCUUGGGAUGUGAUGCAAAGCGCGAGUUGCGAGGAGGGGAUCGGGGCUCUCGCUUUCAUUCUUGGGGGGGAUCGUUCGAAACGCGGCCGCCAUCCGAGAGGCGCCUCGCCUGUUGCGGCACUGCGGCUUGUUUUACUCCCAGAGGAUUAUCACGGGCUCUCUUGAGGCGUCGACCUAAAUUGAGCCGGACUUGAUGGCUGCGGACGGCGGCAUGAGGGUGAACGGCGGAGGCCACGGCGGCAGGGAUAGCAGUUGCUUACCCUGCGCCAUCAGCUGCACGCUGCCCACCAUCUCCUCCAACAAGCUCCCCGACCUGCGCUUCAUCAGCCGGGGGACCUACGGCACCGUGUCUUCAGCGCGCCACGCAGACUGGAGGGUCCCGGUGGCUGUCAAGUGUCUACAGGGGCCUUUGCUAGAGAGUGAUAGAAAGAGUCUCUUAAAAGAAGCUGAAAUUUUGCACCAAGCAAGAUUCAGUUACAUUCUGCCAAUCCUGGGAAUUUGCAAUGAGCCUGAAUUUCUGGGAAUAGUGACAGAAUAUAUGCCAAAUGGGUCAUUAAACCAACUUUUACAUGGAAAAAAUAUAUAUCCUGACAUUGCUUGGUCCCUGAGGUUUCGCAUGCUGUAUGAAAUAGCUUUGGGAGUAAAUUAUCUUCAUAACAUGAGUCCCCCACUUUUGCACCAUGAUUUGAAGACACAGAAUAUUUUACUUGACAAUGAAUUUCAUGUGAAGAUCGCAGAUUUUGGCUUGUCAAAAUGGCGCAUGGUGUCCAUAUCACAGUCAGGAGGAGAGAAAACUAUGUCCGAGGGAGGGACAAUUAUCUAUAUGCCACCUGAAGAUUAUAACCCUAAUCAAAAAACACGUACGAGCGUGAAGCAUGAUAUAUACAGUUUUGCCAUUAUUAUGUGGGAAGUGAUGUCAAGAAGACAGCCUUUUGAAGAUGUUAUAAACCCCUUGCAGAUUAUGUAUACUGUGAUGCAAGGAAAGCGUCCAGACUCUAGUGAAGAAUACUUACCACUUGACGUUCCUCACCGAGCAAUGAUGAAGUCAUUAAUGGAAAGUAGCUGGGCACAAAAUCCAGAUGAAAGACCUUCUUUUUCACAAUGCUUAAUAGAGCUUGAACCAGUAUUGAGAACAUUUGAUGAGAUACCUAUGCUUCAGGCAGUGUUACAAUUAAAGAGAGCCAAAGCACAAUAUGAGUGGCGAUGUGUUCACUUACCAAGCAAAAUGUCCAGUGAUGGGUCAAUAUCUCUUAAUAUCCCAGUGAAUCCUAGUUCACUACAGGAAGGAUGUGAUUCUUUAUACCAAAAUGAUGGACGUUCUCUUCGAACCAUUUCCCCAGAAACGUCAGAAUUUUACCCUACAUCACAGUACAAUAUUCUCUCAGAAGGUGGUCACGAUCCUGCUGGUGGGCCAUGCUCUCUGGUUAGCUUGAAGAAAAAUAACUCACUGUCCCCAAGUACUCAUUCUUCCAUCUCUCAACAAAGCUGCUCCUCAUCUGCCAGUUCUAACUCAUCAAAUUCUUCGUUGCAAAUGCUCCAGCCGUCAGGAAUUAAUUCAGAUCUUAUACUGAGGACUGUGCGCCAUGGUAUUGCUCAUCAGUGGAUUCUAAAUAAAAGAGAGGAAAUUGUCGACCAGAUGACUGAAGCUUGUCUUAACCAGUGCCUGGAUGCCCUCUUAUCAAGGGAUUUAAUCCUGAAAGAGGAUUAUGAACUUAUCAGCACCAAACCUACAAGGACAUCAAGGGUCAGGCAACUGCUCGAUACUACAGAUAGCCAAGGAGAGGAAGUUGCUAAAAUUAUAGUGCAAAAACUGAAAGACAACAAGCAGAUGGGACUUCAGCCAUACCCAAAUAUAUCUACUGUGAAUAAGCCCACAUCUCUGAAUUUAUAAAAGUUGGAGUAAAGAACUCAGAAGGUUUUCUGACAAGUAGAACUGUUGGUUCUGAAAUGUCACUUCAUAAUUUUUGCCUUUUUGCUCUAGUAGUAUGAAGUUAUAAAAAAAAAGUCUGGUAAGUAAAAGUAUGGUAUCUAAUACCAUUGUAAUAUUGAACCUUACAAAAAACCCUAUUUUUACACCAAAUGCUUGAAAUUUGAUACACGUGUAUUUUGUUGACCCUUAUACAGAGAGAAGACAUAAAAAUUUAUGAAAAUA